AUGCCUUGUGGUCUCUUCGUUGAUGAUGAUCAAAAACUGGUCAUUGUUGAUGUUAUUAAUAGUCGUAUCAUCCAAUGGAAGAUAGGUAAUACGAAUGGACAAGUUUUAGUUGGUGAGAAAGGCGAAGGAUGUGCAUUAGAUCACUUGUAUUUUCCAACUGAUGUCUUAAUCGACAAAGAGACAGAUAGUAUCAUUAUUUGUGACCAUUACAAUGAACGAGUUGUACGAUGGUCUCGUCGUAGUGAUACAACUCAAGGAGAAAUUCUUAUCGACGACAUCGGUUGUUAUGGAUUAGCCAUGGAUGAUCAGAGAUAUCUCUAUGUCUCUGACAUUGAUAAACAGGAAGUAAGACGAUAUCAAAUAGGAGACGAGAAUGGAACUAUCGUGGUUGGUGGAAAUGGAACAGGUUCCAAUCUCAAUCAACUCAACUAUCCGACCUUCAUCUUUGUCGAUCAACAGCAGGCCGUCUACGUGUCAGACAAAGAUAAUCAUCGUGUAAUCAAAUGGACUAAAGGUGAAAAAGAAGGAAUCGUCGUUGCUGGAGGUCAUGGCCAAGGAAAUAAUCUGACACAAUUGUGUCGUCCUGGUGGACUUUUCGUCGAUGCGUUAGGUACCAUCUACGUGACAGACUCAGGGAAUCAUCGAGUAAUGCGUUGGCCGAAAGGAGCAACACAAGGCACUGUCAUUGUGGGUGGAAAUGGUGAAGGAUCAAGAGCAAAUCAAUUAAAUCAUCCCAUUGGUUUGUCCCUCGAUCGACAUGGCAAUCUCUAUGUCGCUGAUCGGAACAAUGCUCGUGUUCAACGUUUUUCUAUGAAAUAA